GUACAUUGGCAACCCUCGCUUACUGUGUGCACAAGAAAAUGCAAAGAAAAAAAGAGAGAACAGCUGACUCUUUACAUUAAAAACAACCGAAAAACUUCGAACUUUUCCAACUUCAUUGGCAAGAUGCUUGCUGGAAGACCUCUAAACCUUCUAAAAUGUAGUUUACUUGGAGCUAAACACAUUUGCAAUACACAAACAACAAAUCCGGCCAAUGCUAAUAGAAACUUAUGGGCGUACGUUGCAAUUGCUUUCAACCGUGUAGAUAUAGAUCGACAGAGAUUAGUGGGUGCUGAUCGUCUUUGUGCAGAAUGGGUUAUAAAGAACGGUGGCGGCAUUUGUACGGUAGAUGCUCCAAGCCGCCUUAUCAAAGACUACAACAUACUACCUCCAGAACAUUACAGGUUCAAAGUGAAAGUUGUUGAUGGUUCUGGUGCCUCACUAAUGAAAAUCGGGUUGGAUCACUUCAAGGGUUGCAAUCACAUCGAUACCGUUAUCUUUCACAAAUGUAAACACCUGGAAUCGGAUGGUUUAAAUGGCCUUGUCCACCUCAAGGAAACACUAAAGUCACUGCAAAUAUCGGAAUGUGAUAACAUUAGUGACGAUGGUCUGGCAGUUAUUGAAGAAAUAAAAAAUCUCCAAGAGUUGCGCAUAUUCAAUAUGCGUUAUGUAAAAAAUAUCGAUGACGUUAUACAGAAAUUUAAAAAAGCAUUGCCAAAAUGCCGCAUUGAAACAACGGAAAAGGCUGACGAGAAAUAGGCUGAUUGUCUGUUUUAAUUAAAAAUUCUUUUUAAUUUAUUAACAUUAUUUAUUGCAUAGAAUAGUUAAGCAUAUACGAAAUACAGACAAAAAUUGAA